UGCUGUAGUGGUAAAUAAGACUGAGUUUUGUAGUCAUAACAUUCAUUUAUUUUAUCAAUAGAGUUUGUUCUUUGUGGUUCUUUAUAAUGUAUCUCACUUUAACAGGGGCUGUUGAUCUUGGACAUGGAAGGCAUGUGUACCCAUUCACAUUCCAGCUUCCCAACAAAGACAUGCCAUCGUCCUUUAAAGGUUGUCAUGGGAAAAUCAGAUACAAACUAUUGGCCAAACUGAACAGAUCUAUGCACGUUCCGAAGAAAGCUGAGACACACUUCACCUUUGUCUCAAAGGCAAACAUGGCAGAUCCUGAGCUAAUGUCACCUCAGUAUGGGAGCAAAGACAAGGAGGUUAAAGUCUUUGCCUAUGGAAAUGUUUCCAUGAAUGUUUCCACUGAGAGAACGGGAUACCACCAAGGAGAAGAUGUGGCAGUCAUUGCAGAAAUUGUCAACAACUCAACACACAGGGUUGUUCCCAAAUUCUAUGUGUAUCAAAAGCAGAGCUUUUUUGCUAGAGGUAGGAGGCGAGUUGUCACAAAAGACAUCCUGAAAGAGAAAGGGCAAUUGCCUCUGGAUUCUUCCACAAGGAGGACACUGACACAAAACUUGGCCAUUCCUCAAGAAAUUACCAACUCUAUCCUCAACUGUCGUAUCCUUAGGGUGGAGUACAGGAUAAAGGCGGUUUUAGAUAUCCCAAUGGCCAGAGAUCCACAUGUUAAACUUCCUCUGGUUGUGCUUCCACAACAGGACGAUGGGUCAACCUCAAAGGAGAGGGCAGCAAGGCCAGAGACAGUGAACUCACCAGAGAAAAACAGCCAUCACUAUGGCUGGAAAUGAAUACUGUGUCUGAUGUCAGUGAAAUGUUGUCUGAAUUUAACCAUUUUCACACAGAAAUAGUAAUGGUUGAUUACUUUUUCAUUGUUGUGUAUAUAAAUGUCUAUGUUAUAUAUAAAACACAUAUUUGUGGUAUA